AUGAAGAUGACAACGUCCGGUGGAGGAGCACUCGAUGGUGGCAACGGCCAACGCAAAGGGCAUAGGCGAAAUGAAUCCAUGUACGCCAUGACCGGACUGUAUUCGGAAGCGCAAACCGACGACAGCAGCGCCGACAUUCCGCAGGACACCGAAUCGGAGUCAUUGCCGAUGUCGGUGAACACUGCCACGACCACGACAACCUCGGCAACGGCCACUGCCGACACCGUUAUCAAGUGCCACAGCCGACAACCGUCCAGCAGCGUGAUGAUGGAUCGGGAAAAGCCGCUACCGAACGUGCUGCUGAUCAACGACGACUACACACGAGACUGCGGCAUCUUAAACUGUCGACCAUCGGCGGUACAACACUUUGCGCGGAUAAAGGUGUUCGUCCUGCUGCUCUCAAUCCUAGUAACUUUACAACAGGCGCUUAGCUCCGGCUACAUCAACUCAGUGAUUACGACAAUAGAGAAGCGGUUUGAAAUACCGUCCAGUUUGUCCGGAUUAAUUGCGUCUAGCUACGAAAUUGGCAACGUUAUCACGGUCAUUUUCGUCAGCUACCUAGGCAGCCGGCGCCACAUCCCGGUCUGGAUCGGUAUCGGAGCCGUCAUCAUGGGCAUUGGUUCGCUCGUGUUCAUGGUGCCACACUUUACCGGUGAGCCAAACCCGGGCAUAAUGAUUGACAAUAAAACGUCCGACAACAUCUGCCGAUUGGUGUCGGUACGCGAGCAGGAUAUGGGGCUUGGUAGGCUCUCGAAUAGCCUUUCAAAUCCACCCCUUACAUCUCACAAUUUAAGAGGGGACAAUUGCCUCAAAAGCAAAUCUUCAACCUUCGGGCCUGUGAUACUGUUUGUAAUUGCGCAAAUAUUGCUCGGCGGUGGCGGAAGUCCACUGUUCACACUCGGCACCACGUACGUCGAUGAUCACGUCCGGAAGGAAAGCUCAUCGAUGUAUAUCGGUGCCAUGUACAGUAUGGCCGCCUUCGGUCCAGUUCUUGGCUUCCUGCUCGGUGCUUAUCUGCUGUCCUUCCAUAUGGAUUCCUUUUCCGGUAGCGAUAUCAAUAUCGAUCCUGAUGAUCGCCGAUGGGUUGGCAUGUGGUGGGGUGGCUUCCUGGUAUGCGGCAUCCUGCUCAUCAUAGUGGCGGUACCGUUUUUUUCCUUUCCGAAGGUUCUAACACGCGAGAAGAAGAAAAUACGCAUUGCCGAACAGCGGUUACCCCAGCUGCAGCAAUUAACAUCGAAUAAUUCUAGCAGCCUUCCCCGAUCACAGCCGAAUCUGGCCCAGCAGCAAACGGGAACUCUGCAACAGCAGCAGCAACAGCAGCCGCAACAACAAACAGGACAUGGUGCCAAUAACGCUCCGCAAGCAAACAAAACGGGCGAGGACACCGGAUAUGGAAAGGACAUUAAAGACAUCCCCCAGUCAAUGUGGCGUCUGGUAACGAACCCGGUGUAUAUUGUCACCUGUCUUGGCGCCUGCAUGGAGCUAAUGAUUGUGUCCGGCUUCGUGGUGUUCCUGCCCAAAUAUCUCGAGACGCAGUUCAGUCUGGGCAAGAGCCAAGCGAGCGUUUUCACUGGUUCGAUCGCAGUACCGGGCGCCUGUAUCGGCAUCUUCAUCGGAGGCUGCAUACUGAAGCGCUUCCAGCUGAAGCCAAAGGGUGCUGUGCAGUUCGUGCUUAUUUCGAACCUGAUAUGUCUAUCCUGCUAUGGAUUGUUGUUCUUCCUUGGUUGUGAAAAUUUAAAAAUGGCCGGCACCACCAUACCGUACUACAACAGCUCUGCCCACAACGUGGAACCGUUCCAGGUGAAUCUGACGGCGGCGUGUAAUUUUGGUUGCGAGUGUCACAUGUACGACGUCGAGCCGGUCUGUGGCAACAACGGAUUGACCUAUUUCAGUCCCUGCCACGCCGGGUGUACCGCGUUUUCGUCUAGCUCGAAUUACACGAACUGCGCCUGUGUACAAGCCAACGUUACUAACAACAGCAUUUAUCGAGGAGCAGAAGGAGCACAAGCGCAAGCCCUGAACGCACAUGAAGCUUUCGCUGAGGUCACGGUGGUGCCAGUAGCAACUGCGGGAGUUUGUAACACACCCUGUCGUACGAUCUAUCCCUUCCUGAUUCUGCUGUUCUUCAUGACAUUCGUCGUGGCGUCAACGCAAAUGCCUUUACUCAUGAUUGUUUUGCGAUCCGUUUCGGAAGAGGAACGUUCGUUUGCGCUCGGUAUGCAGUUUGUCAUCUUUCGACUAUUCGGCUACAUCCCGGCACCGAUCGUGUUUGGCAACUUGAUCGAUUCUUCCUGUCUAUUGUGGAAAUCAACAUGCGGCGAAAAGGGUGGCCGAUGUUUGAUCUACGAUAUUGAAAAAUUUCGCUACAAAUACGUUGGAUUAUGUGCGUCAAUUAAAAUUAUUGCCUUGGUGAUCUUCAUCAUUGACUGGUGGCUCGUGAGGCGACGGAAAAAUUUGGACAAGAUGAAUCCACUAUCGACUAAUGAGCUAGUUGGAUCGAUUAUAAGUUUAGACAAGUUGUUUGAGGAAAAGAGCACUUUGGAUGAAAGCAUUGCGGUACCGUUCAAUGGUGAAUGCAUUUCUGGAGACGCACUGGCCGAGAACAACAAGCGCAUCUUGGUCGCCAGUCGCCAUCAACGAAAUGAUUCCAAAACUAUUCAACUGGAAUACAGGUACGACGAUGGUGUCCAUCAACCGUAUCGUUUGCCACCGACAGCGUCGGCCGCUCGCAAACACUACCGCAGCAAUUCCUGUGAUAUCAAAAUCCAGCGCAGUAACUCAGCUACAAACCGGGAGGUAGACUUCCACGAUUGGAAGCUGAAGCGUUUUAUGCGCCACCAUACGCGCAACAACUCGCACGAUUACAACAACGAACAGCACCGGCACCAGCAGCAAACGUCCUCCUCCUCAUCGGGUCAUCUCGGGCGGUGGAUUGCGCUGCAGCAGCACCAUAACAGUGCAGGCGACCAACAGCAACAACCCCCUUCGCUGGCGUCGGGCGGUGCGAGCAACAUUCGGUACAUUCUAAACCAUCUGAAGCCGGGUUCGAGUAGCGGUUCGGAGCACGUAAAGCUGGGCUACAGCAGCAGCUGCAGUGGUGGUGCAGGCGCCGCAGGGCCAACGAAGAAAAAGCGCCACACGCGCAACUACUCGUACGGGCAGGAGUUCUCCUUCCUGCCAAAUAAUGUCAUAAUUCGGCUGGAUAACGACAUUGCAAACAAGUUCCUCAGCUCCACCGGGGCAUCCAUUACCGGGGGUGGUUCGUCGCGGAAAAGUUCCUUCUCGCAUGACGUGGCAGUGCUGAAGAACAACAACAUCGGUGUGCCGGGAUGUGGCGGUGUGUCUAGCGCGAAGCUAAACAAUAUGAAGCACAGCAGCGAUCUCAACGAGGAGCUUGAGUCCAAGUACGGCAAGGGUCACUCGCGCACGAAUUCGCGUGAUUUGAACUUACUGAAUCUCGCCCCCAGCACGCUCGUUGGUGCCGGUACGGUAGAGCCGAGUGCACCGAGCGGCAUUCUCGGUGGCAUUAAAUCAUUGAUCGAAGACUCGAAUAGCAUAUUGCGUCAUCGACGCACCAACUCGAAGGAUCUGAAGUACGGUGCAUACCAACCGUGCAGUGGUACGGAAACGGCCACAAUCGGCGUCGGCACGAAUGCUCUCGCACGCAAGCUUUCCUCGGCAACCGCUACACUGCCAACGGUCGAUUCGGGCCACGAGUCGACUGGUCUUGCUGGUCGGAGUACAUCCGUACUGGCACCGGUCGUAUCCUCCUGCCUUUCAACGAUCGCAUCCGACGUAGGAAGCGUGCAGCCAGAAUCUUUGCAGCUGCUGCUAGACAAAAACAGCGUGCUGCCAGAAGAGGAACCGACCUGCUGCUCUUCGCCGUCUGCAUCUUCCUCCUCAUCAUCACCAUCCGCCUCUUCCGCAUCGUCAUCGGCAGCAAACGUUUAG